CCUCACAAAUAAUCGCAACAAAUACUCUAAUCAUUACUAAUGUUAAUCAGGCUACGUUUCUAACUGAAAAUCUUGAAAAAUUGAAAAGUCAAUUGGAACAGUAUGGUACUAUUUACAAAUUCGUUCCAACAAAGUCCUUUAAUCGUAUUUUUGUUACUUUCUAUAAAACUACCGAUGCAAAAAAUGCCAAAGAACAAUUUGAUAAGUCAAUGUUUUUAGAAAAAACCAUCCAAGACCAUCCAAAUUCUAUUACCCUUUCUGAUGACCUUGUACAUGCAUUUGCAAAAUUUUAUCCAGAUCCUAAUAAUAAUAUAGAUGAUAUUGCCAGUGGAAAUGAUGAUUUUGAAGAAUUCACAUUAGAUGAUAAGAUCGAGCCAGAAGACGGAGACAUACAAACUCGUGCACCAAUAUUGACUGUUAUACCCAGUGAUGGAGAUGUAGAUUUUAAUACUAACCAUGAAAGUAAUCCUGAUGUUCCUCUUAUUCUUAUUCAAAACUGGGAUGAUUCUCCACCUCCUAGUACAAAAACAAAAAAACCUAAUCUUCAAGUUUAUAAUAAUGGUAAAGCCCAACUUCGUCCAAAUGUUUCCAUUCAUUCGCUCACACCGACUCCUAGACCUCCGUUUCUUUCGACGCAUAUUUAG